AUGUCUUCUGCGCGGCCCGUAUCGCUGUCUGCUGCUCUGCAGACGUCGAUCGUCCUUUGCCAGCGAUUCGCCGCGUCCCUGGCUCCAAACUCCCCGGUUGAAGUGCCUCAAAGCGAAUCAACAGCACCUUCUCCUUUGGUCCUUUUACAUGCGGCCGCAACUACUCUCAGGGCGCAAGUGACCAAGUUGUCUCUUUUAGCAAUCACGGCUCCGUUUACUCCGAGUGCGGCGACCACUUGUCUGCUCCCAUUGAACGAAUCAAUCCUUACGUCGUUAGUAACGGCUGCCUUACUCACAACACCGGACAAGACUAUACCUGCUUUCUCUGCCGAGUGCCGCAAUCUGGCUGCGACAGCACUGCGUGAUAUGCAAACUUUCCUGCGACUCCUAGAGGCACGAAGUCAAACCGAAAAUCAUACAACAGAACUGGACGAAAGGGAAAAGGCGGGAUUCACGGAGGCUACUGGCAAGGUGUGGGACGACUGUGAUAAACUGCUUCCCUUGGCUGCUGAUGGUGUGACCGGAUACGUCGUCCGGAAGUCGAAACAGUGGCUGGAUCUCAUGAAAGACGCGGUCAAGGAAUUGCAAGAUUGGGAUCCUGAGGAUGAUAUCGAUGAGCAUGAUCCGUUCGGUAUCAACCACAGCGAUCAUGAAGAUUCCGACAACCCGAAUGAAAAUGAACACAACAACGAUCGGGCUGCCAUAUCUGCCGGCGUCAAGGAACAAGCACUCAAGGUCUUGAACCGCAUCCCGCAAAGCAUUCACGUUGUCAUCAAGCAAAGGCUCGAGCGAAUGCCCACAGACACAGCCAACACGGCUGGUCAAAUGUGUCAAAUGGAUACGCUCCUCAAACGAAUCCGCCACAUUUCCGAAUUGAUUGACGAAUCGGCCGAAGGCAUGUAUCUUGGGGAUCUUGAAUUAUGUCUUAAAAAGGCAGGCGAAGCUCGAGCCCUAACCAUUGAGGUGGUGGAGUCUGUGCUUCGACCUAUCUCAGAGAUGAAUGCUACGACAGCAGCACCAGUCGAGACCAAUGAAGACCGAUACGUCCAAAGAGCACUUGAAUGGAUUCGGCAGGUCGACCCCGGUGUGUCUUCGCGAAAACCAACAUGA